CACCUUCGAUGGUGGUUGGAAAUGCUAAGUCUAUAUAAAGUGGUGUAAUUUGCGAUAAAUAGUAUUUAUUUUUAGAUAUUGUCAGGCAACAAAUUCAUUUUUCACUAAGUACGCGAUAAAAAAGUGUCGUGGAAACCAUUUGGGUGACGCGAUACGUUGAAUUUCCGUACAAUCUGACGACUAACCUAUAAGCGAAGAUUGAAACAUAAGAUGUCCUCGGUUGCAGCGAAACCGUCCGACCAACCGGCCAACUCCGGAGUGGAAGCGGGCAACGUUUGGGAGGAGUUGGGUUCUCCGAGAUACAUCGUCGCGCCUAUGGUCGACGCGAGCGAAUUAGCCUGGAGGCUGUUGAGUCGUCGUCACGGCGCCCAUCUUUGUUACACCCCGAUGCUUCACUCUUCGGUUUUCUGCAGAGAUCCGAAAUACCGACGGGAAGCUCUGGCCAGCACGGCCGAAGACCGGCCGUUGAUCGUUCAGUUUUGCGGGAACGAUCCGAACACGAUACUGGAGGCGGCGCUUUUGGCGGAGCCCUACUGCGACGCGGUCGAUAUAAAUAUCGGAUGUCCUCAAGCGAUAGCGAAACGAGGACGCUACGGCGCUUUCCUUCAAGACGACUGGGAUCUGCUUCGACGAAUCGUAAGUACCUUGAGCAAGGGCCUCCACAUACCUGUAACUUGCAAGCUACGAGUAUUCGCAGAAAUUGACAAGACGGUAGAAUACGCUCGAAUGCUCGAGAGUGCCGGAGCACGAUUGCUUACCGUCCACGGACGUACGAGAGAGCAGAAAGGUCCACAGACCGGUAUGGCAUCUUGGGAGCACAUCAAAGCCGUCAGGUAUUGCUCGAAUCUUUCUUUCCACCCCUUUCUUCGUUCCUUCCCAGCUUCUUUCCUCGCAUCGCUUCUCGUUUACUUUGUCUUUCGAACGUUUAGGCAGGCCGUUACGAUUCCAGUAUUUGCUAACGGCAAUAUACAGUGUCUGCAAGACGUGGAGAAGUGCUUGGAGGAAACCGGCGUUCACGGUGUGAUGUCGGCGGAAGGCAAUCUUUACAAUCCAUUCAUAUUCGAAGCUCGUUAUCCACCUAGUUGGGAACCAGCGUUGGAAUACUUAGAUUUGGUGGAACGUUAUCCAGCCCCACCCUCUUACGUUCGUGGGCACCUCUUCAAAUUGUUCCAACACACACUUUGUUUAGCAGAAAAUAAAGAAGAAAGAGAAAAUUUGGCCAGGAACUCUACCAUGGAAUCCUUUAAAAGCGUCGUGUAUGCCCUGAGGAACCGGUAUCUGCCCUACCACGAAGGACGACUAACGUGGCAAGAAGAGACACCCGAAUAUAACUUGAAACUACCUCCGUGGCUAUGUCAACCUUACGUGCGUCAUCCCCCGGAAGAGCGUGUACAGAGGUUGGAAACGGAGAAACUUGAAGCGCAACGGGAAGAAACGGUUAAAAGGAAAUUCAAGGACGACGAAGGAAACGAGAUAUCGCGGAAACGUUUAAAGAAGCUCAGACGGAUAGCGCGACGUCCCAACAGACCGACUGUUGUUGUGAAAAGAGGAUCCGAAUUGUGUCGUGAUUGUCCGAAUCCAGUGGGUCUGAAAUGCGUUCAUAAAUUGUGCCGUCAGUGCUGUAGAAAUAAGUGUUUCACGGAAAACCUGGAUUGCGUCGGACACAGAAACUUAACCAAAACUAGAAGACAAAUGGCGAUAGAAUUCGCUGCGAAACGAAAAACUAUCGAUGAUACGAUAUGACGUUGUACGAUAUUCUAAAUCCUAAAUUAUAAAUAAAAACUGAACGAUCGUGUA